UAGAGGAUGCGCUCAGUAACUGCUGAAUGCAAGAAUGGAUGGAGGGAUGGAUGGAUGGACAGACGGAAGGAUGCGUACACUCGACCAAGUACACCAUAAGCUGGCCAUCAGGCGGGUCACAGCGUCCAGCCACUCCUGGCAGCUUCGGGGGUCCGGGGCUAAGGCGGUGAGGAGUGGGAUACUCCAGGUCUUCAGGGGUUCGCGCGGCCCCGCGGCCGGCACCGCGGCGCCCUCUGGGAAGUUUAGUUCGCGCCUGCGCCCCGCAGGCCGCCGAGGCCCGGGGUCUCUGGGCGGAAGCGGGACCACCCGUCUAGGGAAGCCAGGCGUGGGGCUGGCCGCAGUGCGCCCUGCCCUGCCGCCUCUCUGCGGUCCGCGCCCCCGGCCCCGCCUACUCCCGCAGCUACCUCCGGAUCUCUGCCGCCGGCGUCGCCGAGGGUGGCGCCACGACCCGCGGGCGGGGGAGCUAGCGAAGGGAACCGCGCCGGAAGCUGGGAGCGGAGGCUGAGUCCGGGAUGGCGAACCAGGUGCCCAUCGCCUUCCAGGACCUGGCCGUGCGGUUCUCCGAGGAGGAGUGGCAGCUGCUGGGGGAGGGGCAGCGGGCACUCUACAGGGACGUGAUGCAGGAGAACUACGAGGCGCUGGUCUCCCUGGGGACAGCUGAGCUGGUCCCCCUCUCUGCCUUCCUGUCUCCCGCGGAGCCUGGCGGAGCCAGGAGCAGCCGCAAAGCGGGUGAGGGACAGGCGCCUCCGGGGGGAGGUGCCCUAGGAGGAGCGCCCCAGCACAGCCUGCACCUCACCGCGCUGGUGCAGCUGGUGAAGGAGAUCCCGGGGUUCCUGUUCGGGGAAGGCGGCCCUGAGAGCGGGGGGGCCAGCCUGGACGGGGAGCAGCCGAGCCCCGAGGCUUCCGCUGUCCUCUCCCUGCUCCCGGCAGCAGCGGCCACGGUGGAGACCUGCCCUCUGCAAGGCCUGCUCAGCUGCCUUCCAGACCCGCCCGUCGGCCGGCCCGGUCUGGCCAGCACGCCCAGCAGUAGCUCAUCGUCCAGCGGGUCGCCCGGAGCCAGGGGGCAGGGAAGUCCCCUCCCCAUCAAAACUGCCGACACGCCGGGGCCUGCAGAGCGGGAGAGCCCCGGAGCCCCGGGCAGGGAGCGCAGCCCUCCCACCGGCAGCCCUGGCCGAAGGAAGAGCCACAGGAAACAGCAGAGGGGGACAUCGUCGUCGUCGUCGUCGGGGGCAGGUCCCGAGGGAGCCUCUCCUGGGAACAGCCCCUUGCAAGGCCUCAUCAACUGCCUGAAGGACAUCCUUGUGCCCGGGCCCCAGAAGCCCGAGGCGGCCCCACGCUUGCCUCCCAGCCCCGGCCUCGGCCCGGGCCUGGCCCAGCUAACUGGGGUGGGGCCGGGGCCCGGGAGCCUGCCCGGCGGAGUGAAGACGGAGGCAGCGCCCGGGGGUUGUCCCCUCCAGGGUCUGCUGAACUGCCUGAAGGAGAUCCCGGUGGCCCAGGACACACACCCCAGCCCUUCCGGCGGGGGGGACCCACGGCCGCCGGAGGAUGCAGGGGCCUGGAAGAGGACUUCUGGAGGACCCAGACCCCUGCAGACCCCUCCUCCCUGCCCUGGUGCUGGCCGCGUGCUCUCUGUGAAGACGGAGGACAGCUGGGCCCAGAGCCCCCCAGCGCCUGCUUCCUGUCAGCUUGGCAAGCCGCCCCACAGCCCCUGUGCCGCUGGCAGCCGGGGGGGCAACAGAGACACCAGCGGGGUCCGAGUGCCCAGCUGGGGCCCCGAGGCUCAAGCCAGCAGUGCCUCGAGCUCGCCCCUGGACGCCCUGGAGGCCUGCCUGAAGGGCAUUCCCCUCAGUGGGUCGUUGCCUCCCCAGCCGCCGGCCUCCUCUUGGUUCCGGAGCCCCCCGCUGGGAGAUGCCGGGUCUCCUAGGCCCGAGCUGCAGCCCCGAGGAGCGCACAGUCAAGAAGCGGCGGCCGGGCCCCUUCUGGCGCUGGGCCUGCAGGGCUUCACCAGGGAGGGCCCCGCGCUCCCCGCAGGGCCCCGCAGCACCCCCACCAGCUGCUCCUCGUCCAGCAGCACCGACGGGGACCUCGAUUUCCAGAGCCCGGACUGCGGCAGCCGGGGGCGCCGGCCCGGAAAAGGGGUCCCAGUCGGAAGUGCCCCCCUGCAGGGCCUGGAGAAUUGUCUCCGAGAGAUCCCUGUGCCCAGGCCACAGCCUGCCUGGCCCUGGUCCUCGGUGGGGGACAGAGAACCCCGGAGAGUGGAGCCCAGGGGCUGGACGGCAGACAAGGAAGGACUGCGGAGUGAGGCCUGCGAGCCAGUCCACCUCCGGGGGGACGCGCCCCCCAGGAGCCCGUGGCCCGCCAGCCCCCAGGCGCUGUCCUCCAGCAGCGUCCCUGCCUGCUGCCAGCGAGGGCUCAGGGACCAGGCGGCCACCCGGCCAGGACCGUGGAGGUGGCUCCAAGACGGGGCAGCCUCCACGCCCUCCCCACUUCACUGCCUGGAGAACUCUCUGAAGGGGAUCCUGCCCGGGCGGCCCCUGCGCUUCGCCUGCCUGGCCGGCCCCGGCCCCGGCCCCGUCCCCAUCCCCAGCCCCAGCACCGGCUCCAGCUCCAGCUCCAGCUUCAGCAGCUCGGAAGGAGAGGACCCAAGGCCGGAGCCUGAGCUCUGGCAGCCGCUCCUGCAGGAGAGGGACCCUCUGCCCAGCAGCAAGAGCCCGGGCGGCCGCCUGACGGGCAGCAGCCCUGGCGAAGGCCCGAGGACCGCAGAGCCCCGGGAGCGCUUUGGUCUCGGUGCAGGGGCGGCUGGGAGCCUCUGUCCUGCCCCUCGGCCGGAGAAAAGGCCCUGCCCAGGGCCCUGCCCACCUCCGGGGUCAGCCCCUCAGCCCCCGUCCCGGAAGCCCAGGGUCAGCGAAGAAUCCGGAGGCCCAGGGCCUGGACACAGAGGACCCAGUGCUGCAGCCCGGACGGAAGAGAGGCCGCUUCCCAGGGGCCUGCCCGAGCCGCCCCCCGUGGCCACCAUUUCCCCCGCUUUGCCACCUGCCUCCCCACGGCCACCGUGUCCCUGUGGGAGUUCCCUGCGGCAGGAGCUCCGCAGCCUCAGUGCCGCCCUCUCGGAGAAGCUGGAUCGGCUUGCCGCGGCUCUGGCAGGCCUGUCUCAGGAAGUGGCCACGGUGAGGACCCAGGUCGAUCGGCUGAGGCGGCGCCCGCGGGGCCCAGGGCCGAAGAGCCAGGCUUCCUGGCCGUGGGCCCUGCCCCGGGGACCUCACUGGGCUCAGGGCCCUGCUCACAGGCACCUGCUGUACCGGCGGCAGAAGGGCCCCACCAGGCCAAAACCGAAGCUCCUGCGCGGCCAGGCGGAAGGCUGCAGGGCUGGCGACGCCUCGGGCCUCUCCUGGGGGACACAGCACCUGGUGCCUCAGCUGCCUCCAGACGCCCCCCAGGCAGAACCUUCCGGAACCAGCUCCAGCCCUUCCCAGCAUCCGCCGUCCUCAGCGUGCAGCCGUGCUGGGCUCACUGUGCACCCCCCACUCAGACACACAGGGGGCCCCCAGAACCCCCCUGCCCCUUCUGUGCCUGCAGCCUUCCCUCCCCGGACGGCCUCUCCUGCUUCCAGUGUGGACGCAGGGCCGCCGGCUGCAGCAGCCGUGCCAGCGGACACUCAAAACUGGCCCAAGGACCCCAACAGCCUGUUAGCAGGGGUCCAGAGAGCGCUCAAGGAGGGACGGUGGGGCGGAGAGCUUAGGGACCCGAGGUGGAUGGCCCCCAACCGUCUUCUUCAUCAGCUCAGCCCUGAGGGCGCCCUGUCCCCGGUCGCCUCUCCUAGGGGCCAGCCAGCGCCCACCUGCCGCUCCGGCCAAGCCUUCCCCGUUUCAGGGCUGUGAACAGCUGGGCGUCCCCCUUGGUGUGACCACCUGAGACUCCAAAAUGUGCUUGCUCAGCGGGGCCACCGCUCCAGGUGCAUUGCUCAGCCACCCCACUUGGCUCGGAUCCAUUCAGACGUUGCCUCUGUCCCGUCUGUGCCGCCGGGACUCAGAGGCGGGUGGCGGCACAGGCACCUGUGCACAGCAUGCGUGCCCGGGGGCGGGGGGGCGCCAUGAGGGCCCCUCUUCCCGCACACCCAGCCUCCCUGCUCUCAGCGCUGGGAAGGCAGGGCUCUCUGGUGGACGCAGGCAGAGGUUUCACCUGGGGAGCGCGCCACUCCCCGGGCUAAGCUGGAUUCGCCCGUGCGGAUCCUAAAGAUCGCAGAGGUGGCUGCUAAGGGGAGGGCCCUUGGCAGAAGGGGGCUCGGUGGGUCCACACCCUGGGGCGUGGCCAAUGGGUCACCGGUCCUGGGACAAGCUGGCCCGGCAGGCAAGGACUCUGGGGCCAGGCCAGUCCGGGUGGUCCACAUCCAAUCAGCUUACGGGAAGUUUGCAGGUUCUCUUUUUAAAGAAUGUAAGUUAUAAAAUGAAUGGUAAGAUGCUUCAUGAUCUGCAGCCACACUCACCCCACAGGUCCCGGGGCCACUCGAACCAAAAACGUCCACGGUUGUCUGCCGAAAGCCUUCCAGAGUCACCGGGGGGAGGCACCUGCACUUGAGGGCUUUGGGGGUGCGUCCCACACUUGCACCCGCUGUAGGGGGAAAUGUCCCUUUGGUGGGAGAAACUGAGCGGCCUUUCUGAACUCAGGGAUCCCGGGGGUUUGGAGGGGGAGGGCAGAGAAGGCUCCACCUCUGCCCGCCGCCAUCCUGGCAAGGACCCCGAGGAUGGUCCCUGGCUGGCCUGGGCAUGGGCCUUCCCUCCGUCCGAGUUCCGUCGGCCACCCGCCAGCCUGAGGCCACUGCAGGCGGGAAAGGGACGGUUCUAGUUCCAUCGGUCAGGACCAGCACGGUCCCACAGGCUCCAGGCCACUCCUGAGGGGUCCGAUGGAAUGGAGCCCACCAUGGGGGUGGCGUCUGCGACACCCCGUGACGUCACAGCUGCCUCCAGAAGGAGUUGGCUCACUGACUUGAUUCAGCUUUCUGCGUCGGUGUCCUAGGCGCGGCUUCCGUCAGCAGCCUGUGGUAGGAUUUGAUUCUUUCAUCCAGCCUGACGAGACUUUGUCUUCCUUCCUCGGGGCCCUGGAUCCACUGACAUGUAAUAAAAUCACUGACACGUUUGCAUUUGAACUUGCCCUCUCUCUGCGGUGUCCGUCCCGUUGGCUCUGGGGGUUCGUGCUUCUUUCCUGCCUUCUCUUGUACCCACAGCCCUGUGGGUUUUGUUCCUGUUCACCAGUCCCGUGUCCCCUCUGCUGACCUCUGCGUUUAAAGAACUGAAGGGAAAGCAUCCACAUGUACAGUCCUGUUUGGGAGAUGCUAGCACACCUUUUCCAGGAGCCAGGAGAAUCAUAGGAAGGCUACAGAAGACUGGAACCACUCGACACAGCCGGCUCGACUGGUGAGUGUGGGGAACGCCGCCCCGCAGGACUGCAGAAGGCACGCGCCUUCCAAGCGGACGCAGAACGGCCACAAAAUUGACCAUAGAGUAAGCCCUGCAGGAAGAGUAAACAAAUUUGAGAGUAU